CACCUUUCAGCUGCCCGCUCCCCAGGCACACCUGCAGCCCUGCCCAGCGGCCCCCUCACCCGCCGCUCGUAAAUGCCCCAGACAUGAGCCAGCCUAGGCCUCGCUACGUGGUAGACAGAGCCGCAUACUCUCUCACCCUCUUCGAUGACGAGUUUGAAAAGAAGGACCGGACGUACCCAGUGGGAGAGAAACUUCUCAACACCUUCAGAUGUUCCCCAGCUAAAGUCAAAGCUGCGGUGUUUGGGCUGCUCCCCGUGCUCUCCUGGCUUCCCAAGUACAAGAUCAAAGACUACCUGGUCCCCGACCUGCUUGGCGGCCUCAGCGGUGGAUGCAUCCAGGUCCCCCAAGGCAUGGCGUUUGCUCUGCUGGCCAACCUCCCUGCAGUCAACGGCCUCUACUCCUCUUUCUUCCCGCUCCUGACCUACUUCUUCCUGGGGGGCAUACACCAGAUGGUGCCAGGUACCUUUGCCGUUAUCAGCAUCCUGGUGGGUAACGUCUGUCUGCAGCUGGCCCCAGAGUCGAAAUUCCGGGUCUUCGACAAUGCCACCAAUGAGAGCUACGUGGACACAGCGGCCAUGGAGGCCGAGAGGCUGCACGUGUCAGCAACACUAGCCUGCCUGACUGCCAUCAUCCAGAUGGGCCUGGGCUUCGUCCAGUUCGGCUUUGUGGCUAUCUACCUCUCCGAGUCCUUCAUCCGGGGCUUCAUGACGGCCGCUGGCCUGCAGAUCCUGAUCUCGGUGCUCAAGUACAUCUUUGGGCUGACCAUCCCCUCCUACGCAGGCCCAGGGUCCAUUGUCUUUACCUUCAUUGACAUUUGCAAAGGCCUCCCCGACACCAACAUCGCCUCGCUCAUCUUCGCCCUCAUCAGCGGUGCCUUCCUGAUGCUGGUGAAGGAACUCAAUGCUCGCUACAUGCACAAGAUCCGCUUCCCCAUCCCCACAGAGAUGAUUGUGGUGGUGGUGGCAACGGCUAUCUCCGGGAGCUAUAAGAUGCCCAAAAAGUAUCACAUGCAGAUUGUGGGAGAGAUCCAACAUGGGUUCCCCACUCCCGUGUCGCCUGUGGUUUCUCAGUGGAAGGAUAUGAUUGGCACAGCCUUCUCUCUGGCCAUUGUGGGCUACGUCAUCAACCUGGCUAUGGGGAGGACCCUGGCCAGCAAACAUGGCUAUGACGUGGAUUCUAACCAGGAGAUGAUUGCCCUGGGCUGCAGCAACUUCUUUGGCUCCUUUUUUAAAAUCCAUGUCAUUUGCUGUGCUCUUUCCGUCACUCUGGCUGUAGAUGGAGCUGGAGGAAAAUCCCAGGUGGCGAGCCUGUGUGUGUCUCUGGUGGUGAUGAUCACCAUGCUGGUCCUGGGAUCCUAUCUGUACGCCCUCCCCAAGUCUGUGCUAGGAGCCCUGAUAGCUGUCAACCUCAAGAACUCCCUCAAGCAACUUGCCGACCCCUACUACCUGUGGAGGAGGAGCAAGCUGGACUGUUGUAUCUGGGUGGUGAGCUUCCUCUCCUCCUUCUUCCUGAGCCUGCCGUAUGGUGUGGCGGUGGGUGUCGCCUUCUCCGUCCUCGUCGUGGUCUUCCAGACCCAAUUUCGAAAUGGCUACGCUUUGGCCCAGGUCCUGGACAGUGACAUUUAUGUGAAUCCCAAGACCUACAACAGGGUCCAGGAAAUCAAAGGGGUCAGGAUUGUCACUUACUGCUCCCCUCUCUACUUUGCCAACUCGGAGAUCUUCAGGCAAAAGGUCAUUGCCAAGACAGGUGUGGACCCCCAGAAAGUGUUGCUCGCCAAGCAAAAGUACCUCAAGAGGCAGGAGAAGAGAAGGAUGCCCGCACAACAGAGGAAGUCUCUAUUCAUGAAAACCAAGACUGUCUCCCUGCAGGAGCUGCAGCAGGACUUUGAGAACGCCUCCCCGACCGACCCCAACAACAACCAGACGCCUGCUGAUGGUGCCAGUGUGUCAUACAUCACCUUCAGCCCUGACAGCUCCCCGGCUGCCCACUGUGAGCCACCAGCCUCUGCGGAGAUCCCCAUUGAACCCAGUGACAUGCUGGCCAGUGUCCCACCCUUUGUCACCUUCCACACCCUCAUCCUUGACAUGAGCGGGGUCAGCUUUGUGGACUUGAUGGGCAUCAAAGCCCUGGCCAAGCUGAGCUCCACUUACGGGAAGAUCGGCGUGCAGGUCUUCUUAGCGAACAUUCACGCCCAGGUGUACAAUGACAUCAGCCACGGAGGCGUCUUUGAAGACGGGUGUCUACAGCGCAACCACGUCUUUCCCAGCAUACAUGAUGCCGUCCUCUUUGCCCAGGCCAACGCCAGAGAAGUGGCCCCAGGACGUGACUUUCAAGGGGUAAGGUCCCCGCCCCUGGGGAAUCCUAGGCCCCAGGGCACUGAAAUAGCAGGACCAGGAGGCAUUAGAAAGAACACAGGAGGAGGUUUGAGUUCCAACACCAAUUCCGUCAUUUAA